CUUCAGACACUUUUGGAACAUGAUGCGUUCUCCCCCUCGGCACGGUGGUCGCCCGCAACGACGGGGCCGGAGCGAGCUUGUCUUUCGCAAUCUUGAAAAGAUUCGAGUGUUCUAAAAUGGGUUGCUGUGUUCUUCCUGACGAUUGUUCCAUCUUUUGACCUCUCAAUGCUCGGCAGGCCGACCAGACUUUGAAGAUGGCAUGGAAAACAGUGGUUGCCUGGUUUGCGCUACUUUGUCUUUCGCAACAUGUGCUCGGCCAGUCAUCAACGGUGUCAGAUUGCACGGCCAACUGCACCUCUGACAUCACAGAGCAGUUCUCAGCUUGCCGAUUCGGGAUCCAGUGCUUCUGUACAAAUCCUGACCUGUACAAGCUCGGGCAACAAUGUUGGCAGUCAAAUUGCACCAUACGCGAAGCCUUGACCGCACAAAACAUCACCUCAAUUAGCUGCAACUUCCCAGACAGGAACAGGGGUCGCAUCAGCAGCGCCAUCACAUUCACCUCUAUGGCCGUGGCUCUAUGUCUUGUCGUGGUCCGGAUCAUAGCAUUGUCUCGCCACUUCCGAGUACUCUGGGGAUGGGAUGAUGUUCUCGUUGGCUUCGCCACACUCUUGAUGAUUGGAAAUACUGUAUCUAAUCCUAUUUCCAGACAUUAUGGCUAUGGUCAAGACGCCUGGCGCUUGCCUUUCGAUAAUACGAAGACGGUAGAGAUGAUCUUCUACAUCGGCGGCAUUCUGUAUGCAGUUGGUGUCGCGUCUACCAAGGUUGCGUUUCUGCUGUUCUACCUCAAGCUGUUCCCGUCACAGACCGUUCGCUGGGUGGCCUACCCGCUACUUGUCAUCACAAUGAUACAGGGUAUCGCAUUUACCUCCCUUUUCAUCUUUCAAUGCAGCCCUAUAUCUUAUGCGUGGACGCAGUGGGAUGGAAACGGGCAUGGGAAGUGCCUGAAUUUCGACCUGGGUGCAGUGUUACACGCUGGAACGAACAUCCUGUUGGAUUUUUUGAUCUUCGCCUUGCCGGUCACUCAGCUUUGGAACUUGAAUCUUUCCCGGAAGAAGAAGUUUCAAGUCAUAUCAAUGUUCGGCGUGGGGUUCUUUGUGACUCUCGUCAGCAUUCUACGACUGUACAGUAUGAUUAUGAUUGGUCACACAAGGAACCCGACCUGGGAUCUGGUACCGUUCGGAUACUGGUCCGAUCUUGAAUUCAACGUUGGUAUUGCCUGUAUCUGCAUGCCAUCUGUCCGCGUCGUGCUGCGCCGAUACUUCCCAGGCUGCGGCAUCACUAGCACGAAUCGCGAUACAGCUGGAUCCGGCCCCGACAUGAAUGCGCGACGCGUCAAUUUGACCGAAUCCAACACCGGCAGAAAUUUAACAUCCUUCAAGUCGUCUACAAGACAUAACGUCGCAAAGGAUGACUCGUCUGAUCAGGUCGAGCUGUGCACCUACAAUGUUGCUGUAGAAACGAAAUGAAAAAUCAACGAGGGCACGACUUGUCUUCUGACGAUGGAGGCUGGCCGACGAUGAUGUGAGAAUGCUUCUACGAUGAUCAGGCCGAUUCAAUGGUGACAAGCACUAUCCCAUUUCAAGCAGGCAUAACGUAUAACACGGCCCCCUGUGGUUGCCAAAACUACGUUCGUGCUCGUGCAGUUGACGUCCUCUUCUGAGGUCAACCUCCGUUCUACAAUGCACUACGCCGCCAGACAAAUAUUUGCGAGCACCCAGCCACCGAUCGAAACAAAGUGCCAGCUCUGAAGUUUCAAAUGCUAUCUAUAACUCCCUCUUAUUUUCCCUGCGACACUGGUUAUCUUGGAACUUGGAAGGCAAACACAGCACCUGGGAAAUGGCUCUAUGGGCAAUACUCCGAUUGAGCAAGAACAACAUUCGGGAUGCCACUAUCUCCCGGAUAAGGAGCUGCCCGCCUGCGUCGCUAUGAUUCAUUAAGACUCUCAAUCAGGACAAAUGGAAACAUGGGCCUAUCGCUACAACGCCGACAAGAUCACAAUGUUACGACAAUCUUCUUCGCACUGACGCCUUUACUCUGGAUAUCCAUCGCUUUCUGCACAUUCUCGAGACCGUGUCCCACGAUUUCUGGGUCAGGUGCUGGGACAAAUGUCUUCUCAGCAAGUGCCUUGGGCAAGAAUUCUUCGUAUAUCAGUGGUCCCACUUCAUUCCAGACCAAUGUGUCGGCAGCAACGUAGCCGGUGCGGAUGCCGUACCUUUUGGCUUUGAUCCACAAAGAGAUCAUGCCGCUAAGAUAAGUAAGGAUGGUCUGCAGCACGACGAAAUGCUUCGGAGGAGUGGCGGGCACCGGAUAGGUAGCCAUGGACAGGACCUUAUCGCCUUUACACGCGGCGAGGAUGUCAAGACACUUGUCGGCCGCUCCGGGGCCCAUCGACAUGGCGCCAGCCGUUGUUCUGCCCUUGAAAGCCUUCUUGAUGUCCUGCACGGCCUUCUUGCUGUUGUAGUCGAAGGCCUCGACCGCCCC